CGAGUGUCUGAUCAAGUAGACACGCGAAUGAGAGUCCUCGAUCAUUAGUCUCAACCGAAGCGUAAGCCUCGAUUGAACAACAAAUGCAUUGCGUUUGUUCGUUCGAGCCUUGGAUUGAAAUCCAAGUCAACACGUGCUCCAAGAGAUGCUAUAUUCAUAGCGAUGGAUACCGAAGGCACCAAGGCCGAUCUUACAGAACUUGGCAUUUCAACUCUGGAUACUCGAGACAUCCAAAAUAUUGAUCCUGGUCCAUCAGCUUUGAAUUGGUCACAAAAGAUUAGGCCUCGUCAAUUUCGCUUCAAACCUGGCGAGCGUCAGCCAUUUCUCUUUGGAGCUGUCGAGCACCGCAUACCUCUAACGGCCAUACAGCCAUAUCUCAAGCUACAACCUGAUCGACUGUAUAUACUUGUUGGGCACGCUCUGAAUCACGACAUCGAGAAGCUUGCUUGUACGCUAGGAUACGAGUUGAGGAACGAGUCUAAUGUCGUUGCCAUCGUGGACACCUAUGCUCUUGCGCAACAAUAUCGAACCACGCUACCCGGUCGACUUUCGAAGCUUUGGAGGUUUCUUGUAGACUCAAGCCCAGGAGACGCGACACCAGCCGACGUUGUAAGAGUGUUCUCUCCUAAGCCACAUACCGCAAGUCUCGAUUUUGAGAGCAAGCAUGGUUUUCACAACGCUGGCAAUGAUGCGUUCUACAACAUGCAUACUCUUUUGAUGCUUGCGCUACAGCCAGAACUACUCAGGGAGCCCCAGUACAGCUCUUCGCUGGCUGGGGUGUUCCUCACUGCUCGAUCUACAGCUUGGCAAUUGGUCAGACGUUUGACUUACGAAACUCCAGGCUCUCGAGCCAAAUCAAUCGUCCCUGGUUCGAUGGUGAGGAGGCCUGAAGUCCGAAUCAAGAUUCCAAAGACUUGAGAUAGACCAUCAAGCGAAUUUGACCCACCAUCCUGGACAGCGUGAUUCCAAGUACAAGGGCUAAGAUGUCUGUUGAUACUCUGACUAAACCAAGCACAAUGGCAGAAGAGAGGUCUGAUAACAAAUUGCCGCACCAAUAUUCUACCACAUAGUGAUCAUAUAUUCGUACAUCACUUCUUGAAAACGCCGUUUAACGUCUCUAGAGCAUCUGACAUAGAUCUCAGAGACUUGUAAUCGCUGUAGAGUAGUCAUAGUCCGAUAUAGAUGCCGC